AAGUCGAAAAAGAAAAAAAUCUGAAUGGGCACAAAAUGAAUUAGAACUUGAUCCAGAUGUAUCAAAUCAAGUUUAUCAAAUCUAUCAAAAGUUAAUCUGCAGUAAGCCUUUAAUCUCAUGGAAAUAGAUACAUUUAUACAUGUACAUGCAUGCACUUAAGUAUAGGCUCUGCUCUUUUGACGUCACAGUCCCGUUUUUCCUACAAGUGGCUACCAAAACUAUAGCUAGCCUUGAGUAGACAAGUAAAAUGUUAAAAAUCCCACGCAACUCUCUGAAUUCAGAACACCAGAUAAUAAUGCAAGUACUAUGAAAUACUAAAUGAAAAUACAACCCUUUUUAAAAUCAAUGGGACAAAUGUCAGUUCUGGACAAAUUUGAGGUCAAAUCAAAAACCAAUCAAAAGGAGAUAUUUCUGCAAACUUUGACUGCCCACGCUGGUUGUGGGCAAAAUGAGAAUGAUCUGUUAGUAACACUAUUCCCUACAAAUCUUGGGACGUCCUGCACCUGCAUCGCUAUGCAUGCAUCACACACGUGAGAUAUAUGACUAAGGAUUUGAUUAGAGGUGGCCAGUGUGUAGCUUUUUAUUCCAUGACUAAUCAGGCAGGCAGUGCAGUGUGAGAUAUCGGUCAGGAGGGCUGGGACAAGGUACUACACUCAGUAUGACUUGCAACAAGGAACGAAAACACACCAGUACUGUUUCACCUUCUGAGGCCGUCUUAUUUUCCUUUUGAAAAACAGGUUUUUUUGGUUUUUCUGUCAUUUGAAUAGUUGAAGCCUUACAGGUACUGUACAUGUAAGAGAUUCUCAAGGAUGUAUGUAUUCAGUGACUCAUUAAUAAAUACGUAAUGUUUAGGCAGUGUACUGUGGGUCAAGUGUAUUCAGAUAUAGCUGACAGGUGACAGGGUCAAUGUUCUCAGUCAUUGGGCGUAUCACUUUUCUUGAAAUCAGCUGAUUUCCUUCUUGUUCCCCUAAAUGGUCCUAAGGAACACAAAUGGACAACUCCAGAAAUUGUUUCAGUUGCCUACUGGAAAGAAAAACCUGCAUUCAGUCCAGAACCUUGCCCAAUGACAUAAACCUGCAGUCAGUCUAUUUACAUAAUGUAUAGACUUGGGAAUUGACCUAAAUCUGAGGUCAUCUUACUGAGGUGACAAGCCCUGGGCUCCAUGUCUGUGUGUGUACAUGACAACGAUGUGCAUGCCUGUACAUGUACAAUGGGCGCAGUUCUAAGGGAGCGUGUUGCCCCUUGCAACAUGCACCAACCACACAAGCAGUGACUCAGAGGGCUCUGUGCAAUUGGGCUGUCAGCUUUCAAUAGCGAUUGUACAUGGUCACAUUUUGUUCACUGAAAAUGCACUUGUUAUAUUUGCAUAAUAUGGGCAUGGGUGCAUUGGGUAUACGUUUACUGAAUGUUCCACUGCACAAUAUGGAUGUACAUGUACAUGUUUAAUAUAGGUGAUACAGCAGAUGCUUAAAUGUCAGAUUCCAGGAUGUUACAGAGCAAAUAACCGUGCUUUUAGUUGGGGUCCACGGUGUCUGAUUUUAUGGACCCAGAUCCAACAGUUGAAGCAGACAACGGAGAUUGUGCUCCACACAUGGCUACAGCACGGAACGUCAAGCUGGUUGUAGUCGGGGAUGGUGCCGUCGGCAAGACCUGCAUGCUAUGGUCCUACACACACAAUGCCUUCCCCAAAGAAUAUGUGCCCACAGUGUUUGACAAUUUUUCACAACUGAUCAAAGUGGACAGUGUCUCAGUCAACUUGGGGCUGUGGGAUACGGCAGGGCAGGAGGAUUACGACAGACUGCGACCGUUGUCCUACCCACAGACCGACAUCUUCCUAGUUUGUUUCAGUGUUGAGGGACCCCCUUCGUAUUCCAACGUACAAACAAAAUGGGUUCCAGAGUUGCAGCACCAUGCCCCUGCAGUGCCUUUCAUUCUUGUUGGAACAAAGAUUGAUUUGCGAGAAGACAGAGAGACACUGACCAGGCUGUCUCAGCAAGGCAAAGCGCCCUUUAAGAAGGAGGCGGGAGAGAAGCUUGCUGCCAAGACAGGUGCCUACAAGUACAUGGAAUGCUCAGCUUUGACACAGAAGGGCCUGAAGCAGAUCUUUGAAGAAGCCGUCAGGGUGGUGUUGACACCAAACGCAGCCCCCAGACCCAAGAAGCACAGGUGCAAAAUAUUGUGAGUCUGUCUUUGACGCGGGGACUUGCAGGUUUGAAACAUGCAGCUUUACGCAACUGGCCUCUAAGUCUUUGUCCUCAUGCGGCUGCACAUUGUAUAACAACUUGGAAGUUUGUUUCCCUAUCAGAGCCAUUUCACAUGUAUGUCAACUGCUGUCCACUCUUCCACCAAGUAAAUGUAAAACCAAAAUGAAGUUUGUGGUGUAAUUUCAUGCUCUGAUAAUAUUCAGAAGGUAAAGAGUAAUAGUCCUGGUCAUUGUUGAUAUUUGAAUUUUUUCUUUAGUGGUUCGUGGCAACUUUAUACAGGUAAAGGCUUCCUGCAAAGCUGGUGGCUGAAAUUUUGUCAGCGGUGGUUAUUGAGCUCUCCUGGUAACAUGGCCAGUUCUGCCAAAAGGGUUAGGGUUAUCUGUUCUUUGCGGAAGAACAAUGACUAUGCUAAUAGAAGCAGUAUCCAUUUUGAGUAAGGCUGCGGACAAAUUAUGUGGCUAUGGCUAUGUUACACACAAGCCUAUGGGAUAUAGUUGUAGCCACUAGCUGGUGGUUUUCAUGGGAAAAAUGAUUUUCAACCGUAGCUAAAGCAAUUUGAACUUAGCUUUAGCAGUUUCUGUUAGGAUAGUGUAGACAGAUUCUAUGGGAUCCAUGCCAAAAGGCCCAAAUUUCCACUCAUCAUAGGAUUUUUGAGGGGUUCAGAUUGGUGCCAAAAGAAAUCUGGAAGAGGAUGGCAGUAAAGGAGAAUUGAUCCACGGUUGCCCAAUCGUGAAUUUGUGCAUUUGUGUGGCUUUGAAUUGUUGGUUUGUAGGAGAUGAAUGACUGGCCAAUAUAUUAAGCUUGUAACUACACAACUCUUCCUUGGAACAGAACCUGACAUUUAUUAAAUGUAAACUAACAGUGAAGAACUACCCCAAGAUGAAGACUUUAACCACUUUCAACAACAGAGUGGAUAACUCUUGAGAAAUGACAUUCCUUUGAUAGAUACGCCACUAAAAGUAUACCUGGUCCCCAGAUUUAAUAUACCGCUAAAGAUAUUCACAGCCAAAGUGUUAUUUUAAAUCAUUAUUUUGGUUUGUUUAUUUGUUUGCCAUUUAUGGUAGAGGGCUAGACAUUGUAUCAUGUUUGUGUUUGUAAGGUUUAAAAAUGACUUCUUGCAGAUUGUAUAAUUUUCUACUUAAAUUUUCAUAUAUAUAUCAUCUGAAAAAUUGCAACAGAAUCUGCUGUUUAAAUUAAGUGGAAGUUUAAGUUUUUGCAGGGAGAGGAAUGCAUGGCAGUUACAUGGCGCCCUCUAGUGGUCAAGCAGUUCUGUAGAAUCCCUAUGCCUAUGAUGAUCAAGCUUGCUCCAUCUUUUAGUUGAUAAACGCAGCUUGUUGGAUUGAGUGAAAGGGUGUUUUGUAUCAUAUAGUGCAUUCUAAUGAAAGUAAACUUGACUUCUUCACUCCCUUCUGUGGCAAGUUAAGAACGACAUUUGUGUAUUUCAGCUUUUUUUCCUCCCAUGAAUUUGAUAUGCGUAAAGCUUUUAUUUGAUAUGAAAUCAUGCACCUGUAGAAAAUGCUUAGGUCUGUAUGUACAUACUUACAUUUUGCCCCUUUUCCUUUUUAUGCUGGUAUAUGUAUGACAAAAUAUCGAAUUAAUUUCUGUGUAGCCUUGGUAAUUUAUUCUUUAAUACGUUAAAUCCCCCGGGUUUGUGUUGACGAAUAUGUGUAAAAAGUACGAUUAAUGCAAUAGCAGGUUUUGAAAGAUUGGCUGGAACUCGCACUCAGUGGGUGUGCUAACUGCAGUAAAUCAAGCAAGUACAGACCGGUAGUGCUCGCUAAGUCACGUGACCUACUGCAGGUCUCACUUCCACAGCAAAGUAUGUUUUGAGUGUUGUUUACAAACAAUAAAGCCAAUUUAUGGUAUGUACCCAGCAUAUCAGUAGUCUGAGUAUGGUACCUACUGUUGGCUUUAUUUUUGGUAAAUGAUACUUGCGAAACACUUUGCUUUUGGUGGAUGCCAUCUUUGUUGAUAUUUAAUACCCACCAUAGGUCACUUGACUUAGCGGGUGUAAUUGGUCUAUAGCUCUUACAGCUCCUGGUAUUAGUAUAGUCUCUUUCCCAGUCUGGUUGAUGCUCUCUGCAUAGAAACAUUGGUAGCACUUGAAGGUAAUCCAUGUUUUCGUUGCCUGUGGCACUAUAAAACAAAUUGCACAAACAUGACAAAGAAAAGUUCAUCAACCAGCUCUCUGGCCAACACCUUAUAAAGCUAAACCUCUAGGCCAAGGGCUUCAGCCGGGGUUUGAUUGGAUGAGGAGUUUCAUUUAAAGCCGAUUUUCAAGAGUAGUGUCAUACUAUUCGAGUUACUCGAUGGGCAGAAUGAUUUAUGACAUAAUUCACAACAAGGCUUCUCAUUUUGAAGUUUAUACAAACAAUUAAGGCGAGGAGCUUUACAUCAGUUCUCUCCUGGUGGCCUAGUUUCAUGUGGUUAAAAUACACCAUCAAUGUACAUGUAGCCUGGGUUUUGUGUUUGGUGAUCAUUUUUGGCUAAGGACGUUCGCUGAAAUUGUCAAAUUUACCCACUUUAUAUUUGAACAGAAUAGAGAAGAGAAUCAAUUCCUAAGUGAUCAUAGCACGUUUGCAGAUUAUUGCAGAACUUACCACAGGGAUGAGGCAGAGUUGAGAUAUUAAGGUCAUGUGACUUCUCCUUUUAAACCCUUUCCUGUUCUACAUUUUCUAACAUCACCUGCAUGUUAUUGACCCCUCUGGUGUGACAACUCGUUACAGCGUGGGUUUCUCCCAGCAACCUGUUCAUAUAAAGUACCAUGCCUGACUGAGUUGAAGUAAUGUUAGAGUAUUCAUUUAAUUAUUAAGGUGCUUUUUUUAUAUAGCCGUUGCAGAAAGAGUGUCAAUAUAUUUUGCAUGAUUUUGUAUGAAUGCGUUACUAGAUGUUGGAAACAUGCGUAAUCAAAAACGUUUAACCUCGAAUUGUCUUUUUUGUAUACACUGAACAAGGUUCUGAUCCUUAUUUUUGUAAUAUUCCUAUCCGUGUGUCCUUUUUUCAUGCUUUUUUAUGUUUUUGUACAGCCCUAGUUCAGUCUGUUCAUUUCAUAUUAUGACUUGGCAGUUACCUCAAAAUACUCGAUUAUAGAAAAAAAGAUGGUGUAGAUUUCCAUCUGCCUUUUUUUUUAAUGCACCUGGUUUGAUGGCUUGCUAAGCUGAAGCAAAUUGUUGAAUAGGACAAAUUAUGGCAGUUUACGUGAAACUUUUGAUCAGCUAAGCGUAUUUAGCAUAAAAGCAGUUUCUUUAUUUUUUUUUUUUUUGUGGUCUUAUUUCCAUGGCCAUCAAAUUUUCCUGUGUGAUAGUCCUAUGAAAUUGUCUGGCUCGUUCGAAAAAAGAUGGAGAUCAAUGUGUGGUUUAAAUAAGCUGCCAAUCUGAGUGCAAACCUUUUUUCAAACCUUACAGAACAAGGUAUCAACCAUGCCAGGAACGCAUAGUGUUUCCUUGGUCAUUUGUAACAGCUUAGUAGUGUAAUAUUUUCUUUGUAGAUUUUGUAUCUGUUUUCCAAACAAAUAUUGAGAGGACAUGGCUUUUUGCUUGGUAGUGUAUAAGGGAUUUUUUUUUCAUUCCAGCCUAAGCUGUAUGUAUAAUUCAUUUUGGUAUGGAGUUGCUUUUGGAUAAAGGUCUAAUAAAGAGGUUUGUAAAUGUGAAA